UUUAAAAAAUGUGUCGUAUUGAUCAGCUGUCUGUCUUCUUCUCAGCCUGUCUGUCUGGUCAUAGUCCAGAGUGUCAUCUGGUCCAAUCCAAAGAUGACGACUUUGACUGGGAGCAGGGAGACACCAGAGACCGACCUUCCAGCCACCCCUGGAUCCCUGCAGGCGCCUCCUUCGUGUUUGUCAACACGUCGGGUCGUUACGGCGGCCAGCGAGCUCAGCUGCUGCUGCCGCCGCUUAAGGAGAACGACACGCACUGUGUCAGCUUCCUGUUCUACCAGGCCGGGGGCCGCGAGGGCGCCGCCCCCACCGCGCUCAACGUCUACAUCAAAGAAAACGAGAGCCCGUUGGGUGUUCCAGUCUUCAACUCCUCUGGGCCCGCAUACCAUACCUGGAAGGGGGUGGAGCUAGCAGUGUCAACUUUCUGGCCUUUUUAUUACCAGGUGGUGUUUGAGGCGGUCAGCACCGAUCACAGAGGGAUUCUGGCUCUUAAGGAUGUCAGUCUGCAGGGACACCAGUGCAUGAGUACGCCUCACUUCCUGCACAUUAAAGGCGUGGAGGUGAACGCCGGACAAACCGCCACCUUCCACUGCACCAUCAACGGACGACCACAGAGCAACCUGCGGCUCUACCUGCAGGGGAUAGGUGGUCGGCAGGCCAUUGUCAGGGAGACCAAGCCGGUGAACCUCCGGCGGUACGUGGCGAGUUUUGAUGUGGAAAACACCACCAAAGGAGACGCGGGGCGCUACCGCUGCAUCGCCCAAUCAGAGCGAGGUGUGGGUGUGUCCUCAUAUGCUGAGCUCACAGUCAAACAACCACCGGUACCGAUCGCGCCGCCUCAGCUGACGGCUGUGGGCGCCACGUACCUGUGGAUCCAGCUCAAUGCCAACUCCAUCAACGGAGACGGACCGAUCAUCGAGCGAGAGGUGGAGUACCGCACCACGACAGGCAUGUUGAUCGACACCACACCCGUCGAUAAGCCCAACCACAAAAUCGGCCAUCUCGACCCCGACACGGAGUACGAGAUCAGUGUGCUGCUCACCAGGCCCCUGGAGGGAGGCACAGGAAACCCCGGACCCCCGCUCCGAGCCAGGACCAAGUGUGCAGAUCCCAUGCACGGCCCGCACCAUCUGGAGGUCGUCAACAUCCGGUCCAAACAAGUCACAGUCCGAUGGGAACCAUUUGGCUACAAUGUGACUCGCUGCCACAGCUACAACCUGACAGUGCAGUACAGAUACCGUCCUGCAGGGGCCGCUGCCAGAGAGCCCGUGAAGCAGGAGGAGGUGAUGUAUGACACCAUGAGCUCUGUGCCACAGCACACCGUCCGGAACCUUCCCCCAUUCACCAACGUCAGUCUGAGGCUCGUACUCAACAACCCGGAAGGACAGAAGGAGAGCGAGGAGCUGCUGGUGCUGACAGAUGAAGAUGUUCCUGGAGCGGUUCUGGUGGAUUCGAUUCUUGGCAGUAGUUAUGAGCAGCAGAUCAGCCUGAGCUGGAGAGAACCUCUGCAGACCUUUGGUCUGAUCCGUCAGUACGAGAUCUCCUACAAAGCCUUGAGCUCCUUCGACACAGAGUUUGAUCUGUCCAAUCAGAGUGGGAAGGUGCUGAAACCAGCCAAUGAGACCAGCCACAUGUUCACCGGCCUCUACCCAGGCUCCACCUACUCCUUCACAGUAAAAGCCUCCACCAUUAAAGGCUUUGGGCCACCGGUCAUCACACAGUUCACCACCAAGAUCUCAGCUCCUCUCAUGCCGGCCUACGAUCAGGAGUCUCCUCUGAAUCAGACGGACUCCACAGUCACUGUGCUCCUGAAACCAGCUCAGAGCCGCGGCGCCCCUGUCAGUAAGUACCAGGUGGUGGUGGAAGAGGAGCGCCCUCGCAGGCAGAGAAGAGGAACUGCAGAGAUCCUGCGAUGUUAUCCAGUUCCUAUCCACUUCCAGAAUGCCACCGUGCUGAACUCACAGUACUACUUCACCGCCGAGUUGCCGAUGAACGAGUUGCGCUCACCGAUGCCCUUCUGUGUGGGUGAUAACAGGACGUACAGCGGAUACUGGAACGCACCUCUGCUGCCUCAUAAGAGCUACGCCGUCUACUACCAGGCGGUCAGCACCGCUAACGGGGAAACUAAGAUCGACUGUGUUCGAGUGGCCACAAAAGGUGCAGUGACCAGAAAGCCAGAACCAGAACAGGAGAAACAGUCGGACCACACGGUGAAGAUUGCCGGAGUCAUUGCUGGGAUUCUGCUCUUCAUUAUCAUCUUCCUUGGAGUCGUCCUCCUGAUGAAGAAACGAAAGUUGGCAAAGAAGCGGAAAGAAACUCUGAGCUCCAGACAGGAAAUGACUCUGAUGGUUAACAACUCCCAGCAUGCAACAGUGGUGGACACUCAUACGCACACACUCAAUGGACACACUCUGUCAUCUCCAUCCUCCUUCACCCUGAAGACAAACACCAUCAGCACCACCGUCCCCAACUCCUAUUACCCAGACCCCUUUGUGCCGACUGCAAUUCUGGACGACAGUCAGACGAUGACCAGUGAAACCAGCAGCCUGGUCCAAUCACACUACAAACAGCGCGAGUCGGACCGCGAGGCGCCGCCGUACCAGACGGCCCAGCUUCACCCGGCCGUGCGCGUGGCCGACCUGCUGCAGCACAUCACGCAGAUGAAGUGUGCCGAAGGUUACGGGUUCAAGGAGGAGUAUGAGAGUUUUUUCGAGGGUCAGUCUGCACCGUGGGAUUCAGCAAAAAAAGACGAGAAUCGCAUGAAGAAUCGCUAUGGCAACAUCAUUGCCUAUGAUCACUCACGUGUGCGUCUGCAGCCUCAGGAUGGAGAAAGCUCGUCCGACUACAUCAACGCUAACUAUGUUGAUGGUUACCACAGACCCAAUCACUACAUCGCCACCCAGGGUCCCAUGCAGGAAACCGUGUAUGACUUCUGGAAGAUGGUUUGGCAGGAAAAUACGGCUGCCAUCGUCAUGGUUACCAACUUGGUGGAGGUGGGCCGGGUGAAGUGCUGUAAGUACUGGCCUGAUGACACUGAGAUCUACAGCGACAUGAAGGUGACGCUGAUCGAGACGCAGCUACUGUCUGAGUACGUGAUCCGAACCUUCGCUGUGGAAAAGAGGGGCGUGGCCGAGAUCAGAGAGAUCCAACAGUUCCAUUUCACCGGGUGGCCAGAUCACGGUGUGCCGCUGCACGCCACCGGCCUGCUGGGCUUCAUCCGCCGCAUCAAAGCCAAAACCCCGCCCAGUGCCGGCCCCACCGUGGUGCACUGCAGUGCGGGGGCGGGGCGUACAGGUUGCUUCAUAGUGAUUGACAUCAUGUUGGACAUGGCAGACCGGGAGGGCGUGGUCGACAUCUAUAACUGUGUCCGAGAGCUGCGAGCGCGAAGAGUUAACAUGGUGCAGACUGAGGAAAAUUACAUAUUCUUCAUCCAUGAUGCCAUCUUGGAGGGUGUCUUUGUGGUGACACAGCCAAUUCCAGCCAAUCAGCUGCGGUCGGUUUACUAUGACAUGAACCGAUUGGAUCCUCAGACGAACUCCAGUCAGAUCAAAGAUGAGUUCAGGACCCUGAACAUGGUCACGCCCACACUGCGGGUGGAGGACUGCAGCAUCGCUCUGUUACCCAGAAACCACGAGAAGAACCGCUGCAUGGACGUUCUUCCUCCAGACCGCUGCCUGCCGUUCCUCAUCACCAUCGAUGGCGAGAGCUCCAACUACAUCAACGCUGCACUGAUGGAUAGCUACAAACAACCAUCAGCGUUUAUUGUCACCCAGCAUCCCUUGCCCAACACAGUCAAGGACUUCUGGCGUCUGGUCCUGGACUACCACUGCACGUCCAUUGUGAUGCUGAAUGACGUCGACCCUGCACAGCUGUGUCCUCAGUACUGGCCCGAGAACGGUCUCCAUCGUCUUGGCUCGCUGCAGGUGGAGUUUGUCUCUGCAGAUCUGGAAGAAGACGUCAUCAGUCGCAUCUUCAGGAUCUACAACACAGCCAGGCCGCAGGAUGGGUAUCGCAUGGUCCAGCAGUUCCAGUUCCUUGGCUGGCCCAUGUAUCGGGAUACGCCCAUUUCCAAGCGCUCCUUCCUCAAACUCGUCCACCAGGUGGACAAAUGGCAAGAGGAGUACGAUGGUGGGGAGGGACGGAUGGUGGUGCACUGCUUGAAUGGAGGAGGUCGCAGUGGAGUUUUCUGCAGUAUUAGCAUCGUGUGCGACAUGUUGCGUCAGCAGCACUGUGUCGAUGUUUUUCACGCCGUCAAAACGCUGCGGAACAACAAACCCAACAUGGUCGACCUGCUGGAACAGUACAAGUUCUGCUAUGAAGUCGCUCUGGAGUAUCUGAACUCUGCUUAGCUUCAGCAGCAGAAGAAGAAGA